UCGCUCGUCUUCCACACUGUACACCAAACUCGCUGCGCUCUGACCACUGCAACUUUUGCAGAGACUCCUCACUCCACAGACAUGUCGCACAAUAGCUGAAGUAAACCUGUAAUUUUGGCUCAUCAUUUGAGCCUGAAACAAUUCACCACUGGCGGGAUUUUAAUUGCAGAGCUUCUCAUCUGUCGUUUUCCUCGGAUCGGACCCUAAGUUUGAAAACGCCUGGAUAUGAAUUAUGAUCAUUUUCCCCACUAAUGAACUGGGCCAGUAAUGCAGGAGACCGCGGCGACUCUCUCAUCAGUGGUUCAAGAUGGCAGAUUUUUAUUGAGUUUUGAACAGAAAUCUCGCUUUAUUUUUUGCCAUGAAUAACAGAAAUCCUUGCACCGAUGGCCCCUGUAUACGAAGGUAUGGCCUCGCAAGUGCAAGUGUUUUCCCCUCACACUCUCCAGUCAAGUGCCUUCUUUAGCGUGAAGAAACUGAAGGUGGAGCAGAGUUGUAACUGGGAUAUGACAGGGUACGGCACGCAUAGCAAAGUCUACAGCCACAACAGCAGCAAGAACGUGUCGGCCGCCAGUGGCCCCCUGGGCAUCAACGGCUCCCUGCAGGUAGCCAGCUCCACCCUGCCCUACGAGCAGGCUCUCAUCUUCCCAGCCAGCGCAGGCCACAUUGUGGUUGCCUCAGCCAGCAGCACUUCGGGGGCCGUGGGGUCUCUGCUGGGCAGCGGGGGUGGAGGCAGCAGCAGCAACGGCAGUGGGGGUGGUGGCGGUGGUGGGGGAGGUGUGGGCAGUGGGGUUGGUGUUCACAACCUGACACGCCGCAGUACGGUCAGUCUACUGGACACCUACCAGCGAUGCGGGCUUAAGCGCAAGAGUGAGGAGCUUGACAACAACAGCAGUGUGCAGAUCAUUGAGGAGCACGGCCCGCCAAUGAUCCAGAACGGAGCAGCCAGUGGGGCCACGGUGGCUACGGUGGCCACCGCCACCUCCACGGCAACUUCCAAGAACAGCGGCUCCAACAAUGAGGGGGACUACCAGCUGGUGCAGCAUGAGGUGCUCUGCUCCAUGACCAACACCUACGAGGUGCUGGAGUUCUUGGGGCGAGGAACCUUUGGUCAGGUGGUGAAGUGCUGGAAGAGAGGCACCAAUGAGAUUGUGGCCAUCAAGAUCCUGAAGAACCACCCGUCGUAUGCACGGCAGGGUCAGAUCGAAGUCAGCAUCCUGGCACGACUCAGCACGGAGAGUGCAGAUGACUACAACUUUGUGAGGGCCUACGAGUGCUUCCAGCACAAGAACCACACGUGCCUGGUGUUUGAGAUGCUGGAGCAGAACCUGUACGACUUCCUCAAGCAGAACAAGUUCAGCCCUCUGCCCCUCAAAUACAUCAGACCUGUGCUGCAGCAGGUGGCCACAGCCCUAAUGAAGCUGAAGAGCCUGGGCUUGAUCCAUGCUGACCUGAAGCCAGAGAACAUCAUGCUGGUGGACCCAUCCAGACAGCCGUACAGGGUCAAAGUCAUCGACUUUGGCUCAGCCAGCCAUGUCUCUAAGGCCGUCUGCUCCACUUAUCUACAAUCCAGAUACUACAGGGCUCCGGAGAUCAUCCUGGGCUUGCCGUUCUGCGAGGCGAUAGACAUGUGGUCCCUCGGCUGUGUGAUCGCUGAGCUCUUCCUGGGGUGGCCCCUCUACCCCGGGGCCUCAGAGUACGACCAGAUCCGGUACAUUUCGCAGACGCAGGGCUUGCCUGCGGAGUAUCUGUUGAGUGCAGGGACAAAAACCACCAGGUUCUUCAACAGAGACCCCGACUCCACCUACCCUCUCUGGAGACUGAAGACUCCAGAGGACCACGAGGGCGAAACGGGGAUCAAGUCCAAGGAGGCCCGCAAGUACAUCUUCAACUGCUUGGAUGAUAUGGCGCAGGUGAACAUGACUUCGGAUCUGGAGGGGAGCGACAUGCUGGCGGAGAAGGCCGACAGGAGAGAGUUCAUCGACUUGUUAACCAAGAUGCUGACGAUCGACGCGGACAAGAGGAUCACCCCCAUCGAAACCCUCAACCACCCCUUUGUGACGAUGUCGCAUCUCCUCGAUUUCCCCCACAGCACACAUGUGAAGUCGUGCUUCCAAAACAUGGAGAUCUGCAAGCGUCGCGUGAACAUGUACGACACCGUCAACCAGAGCAAGACGCCCUUUAUCACCCACGUGGCCCCCAGCACCUCCACCAACCUCACCAUGACCUUCAACAACCAGCUUAACACUGUGCACAGCCAGGCCACCAACCUGGCUCCCUCCUCCACCACCAAUGCCACCCUUUCCCUUGCCAAUCCCGAUGUCUCCAUACUAAACUACCAAUCUGCACUCUACCAGCCCUCCGCUGCCUCCAUGGCAGCCGUGGCCCAGAGGAGCAUGCCCCUGCAGCCGGGGGCUCCUCAGCUCUGCGCUGCCCGGCCCGACCCCUUCCAGCAGGCGCUCAUUGUCUGCCCACCCGGCUUCCAAGGGCUGCAAGCAUCCCCCUCCAAGCACACCAGUUACUCUGUGCGGAUGGAGAAUGCUGUUCCCAUUGUGACGCAGGCCCCUGGUGCCCAACCCCUGCAGAUCCAACCAAGCCUCCUUACACAGCAGGCCUGGCCCAGCGGCACCCAGCAGAUCCUGCUGCCUCCAGCCUGGCAGCAGCUCACCCACACCUCGGUCCAGCACGCCACUGUCAUCCCCGACUCCAUGAGCAGCACACAGCCUCUUGCCAACUGGAGGAAUUCCCACCCCCACGGUAGCCAUUACAACCCCAUCAUGCAGCAGCCGGCCUUGUUAGCUGGCCACGUAACGCUCCCAUCCAACCAGACGCUCAAUGUGGGCGUGGCGCACGUCAUGAGGCAGCCCUCGACCAAUAACAACUCCUCUUCCAAAAAGAACAAACAGCACCAGAUGUCUGCCAGGAACGUGUCCGCCUACGAGGUGUCGUCCUCUCAAGCAGUGCUGUCCCCGCAGCGCUCCAAGCGGGUGAAAGAGAACACGCCCCCACGGUGCGCCGUGCUGCAAAAUGGCACCGCUUCCAACUGCCCGCCCCCGCAGGGCUAUGGGGGCGGCGGGUGGGGGGCAGGCGAAGCAGAACAGGCUUCCAGCACCACCCGCGAUCAUCAACACCAGCACCACGUCCCCCGACAGACCAUAAUCAUCCCCGACACGCCCAGCCCUGCAGUCAGCAUCAUCACCAUCAGCAGUGACACGGACGAGGAAGAUGACCACAAACAGAGCAACAACAGCUCGUCUUCCAAGCAGAGGAAGAAUGUCAUCAGUUGCGUGACGGUGCAUGAUUCACCGGACUCCGACUGCUCCAGCAACAACAGCCCCUACACUGUGGAGUCUAGACCCCCCAACAACAACAGCUACGACACCAAGACCACCAUACUGGACAACUGCAACAAUGGGAACCCCCGCACCAUCAUCAUCCCCCCUCUCAAAACCCAGACCAGCGAGGUCCUGAAUGAGUGUGAGCGCCUGAUGCCAGAUGCAAUGAACCAUCAGAAUUCAGCCUACAAGUUCAAAUCCUCCAACGGCGUGGUGUCCGGUAAUAAUCACCUGCCGGGGGGUGUGACUGGAGGCGGAUCCUACAGACAGCAGCGCUCAGGGCCACACCCCUUCCAGCAGCAGCCUCUCAAUCUCAGCCAGGCCCAGCAGCACAUGGUAGCUGAGCGGAACGGAGGCCAUCGGCGCCAGCAGGCCUACAUCACCCCCACCAUCGCCACUCAGGCCCCUUACUCCUUCCAUCACAACAGCCCCUCUCACACAGGCAACGUCCACCCUCACCUGGCUGCCACACACCUGCCCAGCCAGCCCCACCUCUACACCUACACGGCCCCCGCUGCCCUGGGCUCCACCGGCACCGUAGCCCACCUGGUGGCGUCGCAGGGCUCGGCGCGCCACGCGGUCCAGCAUGCCAGUUACCCACCCAGCAUCGUCCACCAGGUCCCGGUCAGCAUGGGCCACCGCGUGCUGCCCUCGCCCACCCUGCACCACAGCCAGUACCAGGCCCAGUUCGCCCACCAGGCCUACAUCAGCGCCUCGCCCGCCUCCACUGUCUACACUGGAUACCCGCUGAGCCCCACCAAGGUCAACCAGUACCCUUACCUCUAGAGAUGACACUGACUGACACUGGAGAGCCUGACCCAGCGCUGCUGCUCAACCCCGCCCGCCCCCCAACCCCAGCAUCCCACUACACUCUCCCACCCCCCCUGAGCCUCAUCGGCAUCCUAAGCAUCCUCUCCCCCGACCUCAAACACACACAGAGACAGAGGAACAUGCAAUCCUCAAGAAACUGUCACGCAUAACUUGAAGAUUUAACGACAGAGAGAAAAAGAAAAAAAAAAAAAGACAAUUCACAGCCUCUCUAGAAGGGAAAGGAGGGGUGGAAUUUCAGAGGGGUACAAUUCAAGGGGUUUUCUUUUGAUUUUUUUUUUCUCCUGAAAGGGCCAGUUUUUUUUUUUUUUUUUUUUUUCCUUUUGUUUCUCUAUUUUCUUUGAUUUACUUUCAGAAGAAGGUAAUGUCUCAUUCGUUUUUACAGUGAAGUUUCUGAAACAGGCCUUUUGGAACGGAGGAGGUUUUCUGGUUUGAAACACAUCUUUUGCUUUCUUUUAUUUUCCCCUCUUAAAUUGGGAAAUGACUGUUGAACAGGGGUUACUCUCUGGAAGUUUGGAUUCCCAAGAGAAUUGGGAGAAGGUGAAAUACGGAAACCUGCUGCUCUUCAAAGAAAAAAAAAUAUAUUGAUGGCCUUGAACUGUCUUAAUAUUUCCAAAUCAUUCACGGUGUGGGGAGGAAGAGAGGCGUCUCCCCCCACCCCACCUUCUCCAGCUGAGGAGGCUUCUGGAAAUAUAACCAACAGAAGACAACAAACUUUCUAGUGUAUUUAUAGAUAUUUUUUCCUUUCUGUUUCACCUUUACGACAAGACUUCAGUUUUAGCUAGGUGUCUUAGCUGGGCCCCGUUCUUAGAAUGUAGCAGUCUGCACCUGUUUGUUUUAUGAAGAAAACUUGUUUUUUUUUUUUUUCUGAUACCAAUAGAUUUAUUUGUUCCUCUUUUUUCAAUGUGAUUGCACAAAGUGGUUAUAAUAACAUAGGCAUGUACAACGUGAUUGUCUGUGUGUGCUACUGUCAGCCAUGUGUGUGUAGUCCACCUCCUCAAAACCCUCUGCAGUCUUUAGGUUUUGACCAUUGUUCCCUCGUAGUGCCUUACAGAUAUAACGACACAGUUUACUUGGCUUGGAUCCUGAGAGCCACAAGAGACUAUAGCUAUACUUAGAGAGAGAUGGUUUCCUGGUUUGACAUCCUAGUCGGGGCAGUUGUAGCUCUCUUCCAGGUGUAGGCUCAGCUCUUGCUGUUUCCUAUCCUUAAUGACAGCAUACUAUAGAUGAUGAUAAAUGUCAGAGUUGAUAUCAAACUGAGCUAUUUUAUUAUGUGUGCAUGAGAUAACUUGCCUGGGGUACUUACCAAAGUCAUUAGAUAAAUUCUUGUUACAUUUGCUCUGGAUAUUAAUGUAAAUAUAAAAAUGUACAGUAUAACUGUAAGCCUCUAUUCCAGUGGUACCCAUAAUGUGGCUUUAGUUUGGAAUAUAUUUGUUUUUCUUCUUUUUUUUUUUUUCUUUUCUUUUUUUAAAAAUCAUGCAAGGGAAUUCAUGCACAGUGAUUACCGAGCAGAGAUACUAGCUCAAGGAUGCAUUUUUUUUGGCAACUCGAAAAUACAAAAUAGUGUAAAAUAAAGUGACUAUGAUCAGUUUUUUUUUUUUUUUUUUUGUUAAUGUUCAGGGAACGGGUUACAGUAUAUCGUUCGAGACACAAUAGAAGUCGUUUUAAGGUUCAAAGCUAGGCCGAGAGAAGGGCCUGUUGGAAAGUGGUUGUUGCCAUGAUGGCGAUCCUGCAAGGCCAGAGAGAGCGCCUGGUUGGAGUAUAGAGGGCUGUUUGAGAGAGAUACUGUGUAGGCAUGAGUGAGGGGCCAGUAGAGAGCAUAGGGUUGGUUCAGGUAGGGAUUGAGGAGGGGCAGGGUGAAAUUCCUUAUCUUUAAAUGGGACUAAAAGAGUAGCAUGUUGGCACUGAGCAGGUUGAUAGUAACAAUGAGCCCGGGUGGUUGGUAGGAGCCGCAGAGGCACUGCACGAAUGCACACCUAUAACUCUGACACGAGUCCUUUUGUUGCCGUUGUCAUGACCGUCGUCGCCGCCGCCGUCGUUUUCUGGCAAAGAUAAUGGAAGUUAUUCGUCUUGUUGCGCUCCGAGGGUCGGGUAGCAUCUCGGAGCCGAGGUGAACAAGAGCAGAAACAGGAGGGAAACGCUACAGCAUACACCUGGAAGGGCAUCUUCUGGAAAGCGGGCUCGAUUUGUUUGCCACUGUCCAUUUGUCUUCGAACCAGGUACACCACAGACAUCGCCACGCCACCUGAAAGGGAUACCUGAACACGUAGAGAACCGAUAGGGCUGUCGCUUUGUGUGUUUUGCUGCUUGAUUUAACAGACAUAAUUUUCCUGUAGCCAAUGAUACCAAUAAUCUCCUUUUGUUAUUUUGUCCUCAUGAAGUGGGCACAUCAGAACUGCUGGUGGUUUAGUGAAAGCCUUCCCUUCCCCCUUCAUGGUAUGCCAUAGUACUUGCAUUUGAAGUGAUUUUUUUUUUUUUUUUUUCUUUUACAUUAUAUUGAACUUUUGACAUGGCUGUAGUACAUGUUGUGUUUAUUUUUUAGAGAUUGUUGCAAUAAUUCUUGUGGAUGUUUUAUCAGUGUGUGUGUGUGUGUUUUUAUUAUAAGUCAGGCUCAUUUCUUUUUUGAUUUGUAACCUGGGGGUUGAUGUACAGUAAUAUUUAGUAUUCCUUGGAGGUGGGUGCACCUGUGUUAAAGUGUUGCAACACUGCUGAUGAUAGUAACAGUGUCGAGUUGAAGAUAAUCCAAUGGGGCCCUUAUACAGUAGAUAGUUUAGGCUUGAGUGUGCCACACCCAGGUUUGAAAACCAACAAUCCCCCCCGAAAAGUCCUGAUGGGCCCCAGUGUGGUCUCUCAUCCUGGUACUUGUUUCACCAACACUCCCCAUUCAGCUCCAGCAUGCAAGCUUUGGGGUCCUGGCAGUCAAAGAUGUGAUAUUACAUAGUACGUUGCUGGUUACAUCAUUCUUCUCUGUUCUGUCUUUGUAAUUUUUUUUUUUUUAUUAUUAUUAUUAUUAUUUCUCUGCUUUAUUUCCUUGAGGUCAUUGGGGCCUAAGCACACACAGAUAAGGGAGAUGAUUUUCCAUUGAAACUUUGGCUCCUCUGUUAUGAGGCAGACUACUGAAACAUUCCACUGUUUGAGGGAAUCGGGCGUUGUCCACCCUUACACUGCUGUCCCGUCCCCCUCUCUGUCACCGCGGGGAUGGCGUUGUCAUGCUCAAGACUUUUCUCCUCUCCUCCCACCAAAGAAUUUAACACACUGACGAUGUGUACAGUAACAGCACCGUACAGUACAAGCAAUCCUCUGCAGUGUUGCUAAAACAGACAGGCAAUAAGUUCCCGGCGUAAAAAAAACGCUCUGUCUUUAAACGCUUUGCAAGUGCUUUAAAGGACGUGUCAUUUUACCCCGAGCGAAUGCAUGUGCGCACACGCUGUGCAGGUACAGAGGGAGGGUUUACCAUACACGACGCACACAACACACAGUCAUUCAUUUGUUUCUGGACACUCAAACUACGAUUUUUUUUUCCAAACCUCUUUUUUUAAUGUUUUACACUCAUUAUUCUUCACACUUUGCCCCUAAAUAGAUUGAGUAAUCAUUUUAUUUGUUCACUAAAUAUCUAACUUCUCUCCAAAUUGUUUUAUAUGCAAGUUUUUUUUUUUUUUUUUUUUACUUUGUUGAUGUUGUAGCUUUAUCAAUGUUGUAAGAAAAAUGGAUUUGUAUACAAAAAAAAAAGAAGUAUGUUUUAGUGUGCCAUGGAAUGGAAUGACCUGUAAAGUAAAUUAAUCAAAAAUAGACCACCAAUACCUUUAAAAUCAUGGUCACCUGCACAAAAUGAAUGUAAUAUGUGACCUGCAACAUCUGAAAUGCUUUAGAUCUUUCUCGAUGGGUGACCAUUUAGUUGGAACAUGAAUUUGAUUUCUUGAUCAUCUGUGGCCAUGCAUGAUGCAAUAAUUCUGCAUAUGAUCUCUAGCAGAUUCACAUAUAAUACAACAGAAGUAAUGAACAAUUAUCCUUUCGAUUUGGGUUUUUUAUUUUUUUUUUUUUAUUUUUUUUAAAGUUCACUAUUUUGUCAAAUCAAAUCGACAAAUUAAGAGAAGCCCUAUACACUCAACAUUUUUCACUGGAAAAUAACUUGGAUGUGUACGAUACCUUUGUCUAUCACCCUGUUUUGCAUAACCAAUGUUUUGUGUUUUAUGAAAAAAGAGGAAUCAGAAAUGUGAGCAUUAAUGUAGAUCGAGUGACCUUACAAUUACCAAAAUGUGCUUAAGUAGAGUGUGAAGGUGUUUUGUGUUGUUGAGUUGAGCGUAGCCUCCCCAGCUAGCAAUUUUUUAUUGUUAGAGCGCUGCCUUCCAAAUAACCAACAAUACCUUCAGAGCUUUAAGGUGUGGUUUUAAUUAGAGCAAGGCAGCAAGGCAGUCUCUCACUCUCUCUCUCUCUCUGAAGCCUGGCAGUUUUUUGCAGCUUUGUUAUGGUUUGAAUCUGCUCAAACUCCACAAGACAUGUCACACUUCCAGCUUUGCCCUGAGCGCGAUUGUGAAUGCUACUCCUCCUGAAACUUUGGAAACAUUGAGAAGAAAAAAACAUUCCUGAAGGCAUGGCACACAGUGCUACAUUAGUCUUCUUCGGCCAAACUCCUCUGAAGUGACUUGAAGCUUAGCAAGAAGUGAAUACGGAGAAUCAGACGACCCACAGCAUCGGCCCCCGCAACCCCCCGCCCGCCCGUGUAAUUUUUGCAAUCAUGUGGAAGAGUUAAAAGGGGGGUUAGGAACAGGUGUUAGGUGGAUUAAUCAUGUGCUGAUAUACUUUCUGUCACCGAGAAUUCACGAUCUAAUUACACAAGCAUUCUUAAAGCCCUUUUGGAUGAGAGUGUAUGUUUCUUUUUGUUUGUUUUUAACCUUUUCGUUAGGGAGACCUGCUCCUUUGCUGGCUAUUCCUUGGGGGAAUUCAGGGUGAGGUGGUCAAGGUUUGAUGCCAUCGCUGACAGAGGGCGUCAGAUGUGAUAACAAAUGAACCAAAAUUGACUCAAAUGUGAUUGUUUUCCCAACCUCUUUUUUUUUUUUUAAAACCUCUAUACAACUAGGCCAUGUAAUAAUGGCUCGAUCACCACCAGCUGAUUUUGUUGAUUUGCUGUGUUGUAUCAGUGGAAAAUACAGGUUUUCACAUCGACUUUGAGAGAGAGCUCCAGCCGAAAAAGGGGAUAUUUUUGCAAGUGUUAAUAGCUGAAAUCUGGAGGUGGCAGACCAAAGCUCCAUUCAAAGCCAGAUUUUGCCCGUAAACACUACAAAAAGUAUUUCUCUAAAGCUGGAGCACAUGUCAAAGCCGGAUUUGAAACGCCAAUGAAUAGAGCCUCAUUUGAGGAUAUGUUUCGGAUUAUUUACAUAAAUUUACAUAAGCCCUUUUGGUACAUCUCAGAUUUACUACUGUAAACUACUGUAGCUUGUAUGUACUCAAGUUUGUUUUUUUUUUUUUAAGUACUUGCACAACAACAUUCACAUGAAACAGCAGUACAUUGUCUCAAGACCUAAGAGUGCAUCAAACCCUGACCGCCUCUUGUGUCCAUUGCUGUAUGGUUUCUCAAUGGUGUAAAAUCUCAUUCUUUGUCGAUAAAGCUAAUGUGUGCUGCGGUAUUUCCUAGUAUACUUCUCUGUUAAUUGUCCUUCUCAUUUACUUUUGUUUAUUGGGGUGUGAUGUCUCAUUAUUUCAAUCUGUUGAUGUAGCGUUCUAUGUAUACCCUGUUCCUUAGCCUAAUAUUAUUAAGUAUGUUAUGAGAAUGGAUAUUUUACUGGCUUUAUAGAAUGUUUAAAUAAAUAUAAUAAUGACAAUAAGAAGAAUGAUUAAUUAAACCUCCUAACAAGUUGAGUACUUGCUACUAAGCGCUUGUGUUACCAUUAUGAUGUUGUGUGCUUCUCUUAAUCAUUUUCGUUGUAGAAAAAUGGAGUGAAUUUAUAUUAGGCUUCGAAAAAAACUAAUGAUAGCAUUGUAAAUUUACAGGAGGAUUUUAACAAACAAACAAACUUCGUCAAAUAGAAGAAUAUAGUUAUUUUAAUUGUCCUCUUUACUAACUGUAGGGUGAGAAGGGGCUCGCGUUGUGGUGAACUAUGUUAUAGCUUGUUAUUCACUGUUACUUUUGAUCAUUUUUUCGGUCUCCGAGGUGAAUCGAGUUAUUAAUGAGAAUUUGUAUGCUCACAUAUGCAUAUUGUAUAUGUGUAGAAAUGUAAUCACACUUUGUCUUGGAUUUACAUUAAACUGUUACGUCACGGCA